GUAAUUUAUACAAGGAAAAUUUUACCAGAUUUAAUAAUAUAAGGAAAAUAAGUUUUUUUUUUUUUAUAUAUAGGGAAAAGAUGUUGGUAACCACCAAUUAAUGGCCCACCAAAUUGGGCCCACUUGAAACAUCGUUCUUGCAUUUCCGUUGAAAACAACUUGAGAAAAUGCUGAGAAAUCUCCGAUCCCGGCGUCGUCCCCGUCACGGCGUGUUCCUGUGCGUCGUCGUUUUGGGACUCCUUCUGUUGGUGAUCGUCUGCACCUCCAUCCUCGUUCGCCGCGCUACGGUCCCCCACCCUUCCCACCAUGUCAAUUUCGACUCCCUCCUCUCCGACUCCGUCAACGACGAUUUCAUCGCCGGCGAGGACACCAUCGACGCUCUCGACGUGGUGGAUGAAGAGCCGGAGGACGCCAUAGACGCCGAGGCCGACGACGACGAGCCUCUGGAUCGGAACUCCGGCGUGUCUGGGUACUUCUUCAAUCACGUGGAGGGCGUGAUCCGUCGGGCCAUCAGCAAGAGCUCCUUCAUGGAAGACGACGACGAUGGGCCCUUUAUGGACCCGGAUGAUGGCGGGAAGACCGUGUUUGGGUCCGAUGACGUGGCGGUGGAGGAGAAGGUGCGGUCAAAGGUGUUGCAGGUGAAGGGCGUUGAGGAUGCCCUUUUGUUGAAGGGCACGGGAAGAAGGAUUUCACCGUUAAGAGAAGGUUGGGGCGAUUGGUUCGAUAAAAAAAGUGAAUUUUUGAGGAAGGAAAAGAUGCUAAGGUCGAGUGUGGAGGGAUUGAAUCCUCUGCGUCACCCCAUUAUCCAAGACCCUGAUGCUGUUGGUGUCACCGGGAUCACCAAGGCUGAUAAACUUAUCAGGAAUUUCAUCUUUCAUGACGUUAAUACCAGGAAAAUCACUCACCAUCACCAAUCCAAUUUCUAACUUUGAUUUCUCUUCUAAUCAAUUUUCCUCUCAAAUUAUGUACAGCUUCUAAUCAAUCACUCAACCAGCUUGUCUUAUUGCAUGCUUCAAAACAUUCUUUUGUAAAUUUAACACUAUUCAAUGUAUUUAUUAUCUAUCUGUUGAAGAUCGAUCCUUUGGGUUCACAGGUUCUCAUUGAAUCAACUCAAAAUUCAAAUUUUCAAAUACCAUAAAAAAUGCUUGUUCUAGUCUGAUAAAAAGAAAAUGAGGCUGCA